AUGGUGAGCUUAGAUGCAGGAACAUCACCGGGAAGCGAGUACCAAGUGUUCCUGAGCUUCAGAGGACCUGACACUCGGACUGGAUUCACUGACGUCCUCUUCCAUAGCUUGACUGGUGCUAGAAUCUGCGUCUUUCGAGACAACGAAGAGCUCCGUGUCGGGGAAAGAAUUGACGGAUCGCUUCACCAAGCAAUCAACAACUCUAGGAUAUACAUACCCGUUUUCUCUCAGACCUACGCUUCGAGCCAAUGGUGCCUCCGCGAACUUGUGCAAAUCGUGGCAAAUACCUGCAAAUCAGAAGGUAAUAAAGAGAUCCUACCUAUUUUCUUCGACGUGGAACCUGAUGAUGUUAAGCUUAAAACUCCGUUGUAUCGGGAUGCGAUACUAAAUUUGGAGCGCGACAAGAAGUUGAGCAAUGAGCAAGUACAUGCGUGUAGAGAGGCUCUUAUGGAGGUUGAUGCGAUAAAGGGGUGGGAAGUGAAGAAGUAUAAAGGUCAUGGCGAACUGAUCAACUUGGUAGUUGAGGAGGUUGUGGAAAAGUUGAAGACAAAACAUAGAUUGGUUACUGAACAUUUAGUUGGAAUUGAUGAACGAGUUGAAGCAGUAAGCAAAUUGUUAGACGUCGAUUCUUGCGACAUUCGACUCAUUCAAAUUCAUGGCAUGGGAGGUAUCGGUAAAACGACUCUUGCCAAGGUUGUCUUCAACCAACUCUCUUCUCAUUUUGGAAGCUGCUGUUGUUUCCUUGAAGAUGUUCGAGCGAAGUCAUCAAGAACUAAUGGCUUAGUCGAGUUGCAAAAGAAGUUAUUAUCUGAAAUCGGCGUUCAUGCAGGAACAAGGAGCAUUGACGAAAUUGAUUAUGGAACGAAGAGGACUGGACAAGCACUGUGCAAUAAGAAACUCUUCAUUGUACUUGAUGAUGUUGAUAACAUCGAACAAGUGGAGAAAUUAAUUGGAAAGAGUACUUUGUAUUUCGGAUCUAGAAUAUUGAUUACAACUAGAAAUAAAGAUGUUUUGCGAAUCAAUAGUUUAAAGUGUCAAAUUUUAGAUUAUGAAAUGGAGAUGAUGAGUACCGAUUGUGCCCUUGAGCUUUUCAGUAGGCAUGCAUUUAAUAGAGACUUUCCUCCAAAUGAUUACAAUAAUCUUUCAAGGAAAAUCGUAUCUUCUACUGGGAGACUUCCGUUGGCUCUAGAAGUAAUUGGUUCGUUACUCUUCCACAAAAAGCAAGAACUAUGGAAAGAGAUAUUGGACAAGUUAAGAAAAUCACCUCAUGAGGAUGUUUUUGGAAAGUUGAAGAUCAGCUAUGAUGCCUUGAAUUUCGAGCAACAACAAAUUUUUCUCGAUAUCGCAUGCUUUUUUAUUGGUAGGGAUAAGCACAAUGCAAUUUACAUGUGGAGAGAUUGUCAGUUUUUCCCUAAUACUGGAAUUGAUGUCCUAAUCAGCAUGUCUUUGGUAAAGAUUGGGGAGGACAAUAAUUUUUGGAUGCAUGAUCAACUCAUAGAUCUUGGAAUAGAAAUUGUUCGUCAAGAAAAUCCAAUAAAUCCCGGAAAGCGUAGCAGGUUACGGAAUUGCAAUGAGAUCCUUGAUACUAUAACCACAAAGGAGAUGAAAAAUGUUCAAGCAUUGGAUCUUGAUCUACGCGGCAGUUAUCUUGAGGUCGUUAUUAGAAGUGAAGAGAUUGGAAGGUUUGAACAUCUAAGAUACCUCAAAUUAAAUGGGGGAACCUUUGUUGGUAACUUAGCGAAUCAUCUUACCAAUUUAAGAUGGAUUUGUUGGAGUUGUCCUUCUCCAACCUCUAAGCUAACCAACAUGCACUUAAAGAAUGUGGUCAUUCUUGAAUUAAUGGACAAUGAAUUCAUAGAUGAUUCGAAACUGCAAAGCACGAUCAAGGUCUGUAAUAUACUUAUUCUUGUUCUAUUUUCUUUGAAAGUAAUAUAUGACUGUUCAUCCAUUUAAUAAUGCAUUCAUUUU